GAGACUUCGAGUCUCUCUCCUCUCAUCAUAGACUCUGGUCACGGAGCUGUUCACAAUGCCAACCACCACAUCUACUAGUACCGCAGCCCCGUUCAAAUUGAAAUGCAUCUGCUGCAAGAAGACGCGCUUCAAAACCGUCGCUGCACUGCACGACCAUCAAAGAGCAUUGAACCACCAUCCUGUCGCGUGUCCAACCUGCCAGAAGCAGUUCUGCGAUCCCCACGCCGUGCAGCAGCAUCAACAAGCCCAUCAGAAGGCAUCCAAGACAGCAGCAGCAGCUUCCUCAGCUCCCGCUACAACAGACCCACAAACGACAGUUACAGUUACAGUCACCUCGAAGAAGACCCCUGCAAAACAACCUUCUGCCACCCCAGUCAACCCUCCCAACCUACCACAAACCACACACCAGCCCUCCCCCCUCCACCCCCUUGAACAAGACCUCCUCUACAAAUACCUCCUCGCCCGCUGCCAUCCUCCCACCCGCCUGCAAGCACAAGAUUACCCCACAACCCUGGGAGAUGAAGACUACCGGUCGACCCCACUACCUAACCCAGCCCAGCCCAAAUGCAGAGCCGUCGUGCUUACCGGCGACAUCAAUCCACAGACCAAGACCCUCACGCACCUAACUGCCACAGACUUUCUCUCCAACGAAGCCCUACUCCACCUCUCUAUUGGCCCGUCCGCAGAGCAAGCAGCGACCGAGCCAGGGACGGGGACAUGCAGCGAUAGGACCAGUGUAGCUGUGUCUGCCUACCGUGCGGCACGGGAUCUGCUCUGGAGCGUCAUUGACGCGCACACGAUCCUCGUGGGCCAUGACCUGCGCCAAAGUUUACGCGGAUUGCAGAUGGUGCAUGGGCGGGUGGUGGAUGCGGGGAUCCUGACGGCGGAGGCGGUGGUGCUGGGACGGUCGAUGGUGCCGUUGGAGAGGGUGUGGGGGCUGAGGGUGCUGUGCAGCGAGAUGCUGGGGUGGAGUGACGCCGACGCACCGGGGAAAAAGCGCGGGAAGGGGAGAAAGGGGAGGUGUGAGGGGUGGGAGGGCUGUGUUGGGGUGAGGGAGGUGGUGGUCUGGUGUUUGCGGAAUCCGGAGAUGUUGCGGGCGUGGGCGGAGGGGAAGGCAAGUAUUCCAGAGGGUGAGACCGAGAAUACGACUGGAACAGCGACGAAGAAGCAGAAGAACAAGAAGAAAAAGAAGAAGAAGAACAAGAACAAGAAGCGCAAGCAGAAACAGGCGCCCCGAUCUGUUACGCCAGAGGGUCUCGCGCCGUCUGACCCUGAAGAACCCAUCGAGGAAGACGAGGACGAAGACGAAGGACUCGAGAUCAUCCAGUGGACGGAUCUCGAGUGAUAGCCUAGCCCUAGCCACAUAAGACGGAGAAUCCAGACGUGCAUUCUGACUAGUA